UGACAAAAUCAGAUUAAUAUUUAUUUUAUGUGCAGGAUAUAUCUAGCCAUUUAGGGUUUCUGAUAUUUUGGAUCCAUUUCUUGAUUGAUCGGUAAGGAAGAAUGUCAACGAGCAAGAAAAUUAUUCUGAAAAGCUCCGACGAUGAGGCCUUCGAGGUGGAUGAAAUUGUGGCUUUGGAAUCGCAGACUAUUAAGCAUAUAUUAGAGGACGGCUGCGCCGGCGAUGGAAUUCCUCUUCCUAAUGUGACCAGCAAGAUUCUGUCCAAGGUCAUCGAGUACUGCAAGAAGCAUGUCGAGGCCACCAGGGCCGACGAACGUGCUGUUAGCGUCGAUGACGAUCUCAAGGCCUGGGAUGCCGAGUUCGUCAAAGUCGAUCAGGCCACUCUUUUCGAUCUCAUCCUCGCUGCAAACUACCUCAACAUCAGGAGCUUGCUAGACUUGACUUGCCAAACAGUUGCAGACUUGAUUAAGGGCAAUUCACCAGAGGAGAUUCGCAGACUAUUCAACAUUAAGAACGACUUUACUCAAGAAGAGGAGGAGGAGGUUCGUCGGGAAAAUCAGUGGGCUCUUGAGUAAUGUGUUUUUCUUUAUUUGGCUUCCGAAUUGUUCCAGCGUCUGUUCUUUUACCUAUUUUGGUGUCCUUUGAAUCAUGUUAUUUGUGUUAAUACGGUAUAUAUAUUCUCCCAAGUCCCAACCUGUUUCUAUCUCCUUUACCUGUCAAACGUUAUGUUUAGCUAUUACAUUAACAUAAUUUUCACAUGUUUAUGUAACAUUUCUUCUACCUCUUGAUGCUUA